AUGGCGCCCGAAGUGAUUCAGCCUGUCGCCUUCGGAGGAGGAUUCCCAGUAACCAGGAUGCAGGACCCCAAGGAAAAGUUCUACCGCCACUUCCAGGACGAGGUCGUCGGAUUGCAAGAGCAGAUCGACGGCCUCGGCUCCAUUUCUCAGGUCGGCGGCGAGAGACAGGAUGCCAUUGAUCACAUCCUCGCCGGCAUCUCGGCUCUCUCUCACGAGGUCGCCGACGCCGCUGACUAUGUCCCCUCAUAUGACCAGCGUAAUUACGCUCAGGCCGUCAAAGCCCUCACGGACAAGCUGAACGAGACAACCACCAAGCUCGCCCCGCGCUCGCGCUUCCAAUUCAAGCACCGCGGCCAGAGCACCGCCACAAGCGACCUCUCGGCGCCCAAGAACGACCCCCGUCUCAUCGUCGGCGGCAGCCUCGCCGACCCGCUCCCGGCGUCCCGCGGCGGGCCCGUCAUGACGGUGCCCUCGCCCGAGGCCCAGGCCGAGACGACGGACGGCCUCGGCGAGCUGCCGUCGUUCCCCAAGAACUACAACGAGGAGAUGGCGAGGCCGAGCACCACCAAGGUCAGGAAGCCCAGCUUCUCCACCGCCAAGGACAUCGCCAUCUUCGGACAGGACGGGCUGCACAUCAUCCUGCCGUCGUCGGCCUCGCGGGCGACGUCCUCGGGCCGGUUGACGGAUCUGAAGGGGUGUAUUGUCGAUAUGUCCCUGGCGUUGUCGGGGAAUACCUCGUUUGCGAACCUGGCGUUGAAGAAUGUCCAGAAGAGUCUCAUCGUGGCGGGGAACGUGGCUGGGCCGGCGCAUGUCACGGGCGUUUCGGAUAGUAUUAUUGUCGUCUCGGCUCGGCAGGUGCGCAUCCACGAGUGCAAGAACGUCGAUAUCUAUCUGUACUGCUCGAGUCACCCGAUCAUCGAGGACUGCUCCAAUAUGCGAUUCGCGCCGCUACCGGCGGCAUUUAAUACCCCUGAAGAUCCCGCGAAGAAUCAAUGGGACCAGGUCGACGAUUUCAAGUGGCUCAAGUCGGAACCCAGCCCGAAUUGGAGCGUGCUGCCGGAGCAGGAGAGGCUGGCGGAGGAGAUUUGGACGAAGACGGUGCCUGGAGAGCGGGGCAAGGAUCUGCAUGACAUCUUGAGGGCCGUCGGUGUUGAGAAGCAUUGA